AUGACCCUUUCAGGAGAAGCUGGAGACAACAGCCCCAGGAAAAAGAAACCUAUCGGUGCACUGUUCAAGGCUCACUUUCACCGCAUUAUCUUGGACGAGGCGCACAUCAUCAAGAACAAGAGCACCAAGGCCUCUCUGGCUUGUGCUGCGCUCGCCUCCACAUACAGGUGGUGUUUGACAGGUACACCUAUCCAAAACAGUGUCAACGAGCUUUACUCUCUCAUCCGCUUCCUCAGAAUCCGACCUUACUGUGAUUGGGACGAGUUCAGGAACAAGAUUUCGAACCCGAUGAAGAAGCAAGGGCAGUAUGGUACAGCUAUGCAGCGUGUUCAAGCCUUGCUUAAGGCCGUUUGUCUCAGAAGGACUAAAACCUCCACAGUGGACGGCAAGCCUAUCUUGAACCUCCCAGACCGUAAUGUCGAAAUCGUCCACGCUCCAUUCUCGCAUGACGAAAGCGCCUUCUACCAUGCUUUGGAAAACAGGAUUCGCGAACGCUUCAAUGCCUAUGUCAAGGCAGGCACCGUUAUGAAAAACUACUCCAACGAUUUUGAUAAGGUAACGGAAGAGAACGCGCCGCAAGGUCAGAAGGCGCAUGUCGAGGUGUUGCUGGACAACUUGCUGGCGGAUAUCAUUCGUCGACUGGUUGAACGCGAAGACGAUAUUCGGGAGUGUCCUAUCUGCAUGGAUAUCGGCGAGGAGAGUGUCAUACUGAGCGCCUGUGGACACAUCUAUUGUCGUGCUUGCAUCACUGAUUUCUUGACCCGUCAGGAAGAAGAGGAUCGCAAGUGCCCUGAAUGCCGUCGUCCUGCCAACCUCCAGAACUGCAUUCCUGUCACAGACUUCAACGCUCGAUACAACAAGCCUCCAGAGGCCGAUCCCAAAGGCAAAGGACGAGCAGAUGAAGAUGUGGUCGAGGAUAUUCUCAAUGCGCCGUUGGAUAUUGCAGUGCCAGGGGAGCUAGAUGACUGGAUCAGCAGCAGCAAGAUUGACAAGAUGUUUGAUGUUGUACGAGAUGUAACUGGCAGACGAGAGAAGAUUAUUAUCUUUUCUCAGUUUACCAGUCUGCUCAAGCUGAUUGAGAAGCCAUUGAACCAGGAGGGCAUCAAGUACCUGAUGUACGACGGUAGCAUGUCGGCACUGGAAAGAAACGAGGCGGUUCAGAGAAUGACACAUGACCCAAGCUAUGGAGUGAUGCUCAUCAGUCUCAAGUGUGGAUCGCUUGGACUCAACUUGACUGUCGCCAACCAUGUGGUGAUUAUGGAUCCAUGGUGGAAUCCCGCACUUGAAAACCAGGCAAUUGACCGCGUGCAUCGAAUCGGGCAGCGCAAAGAUGUGUUUGUGCACAGACUUUGCAUUCCUGACUCAGUCGAAGAUCGAAUCCUGGAACUGCAGGCAAAGAAGAAGUCGUUGGCGGACGGAGCUCUUGGCGAAGGAGAUGUUCCUAAGCUUGCCAAGCUCGGAAUGCAAGAACUCAUGUUCUUGUUCCGAAGCGGUUAA